AUGUCCAAGCUCGAAGCAUCAGCACAAAAAUAUUUCUGGAAUACCCCCACAGGUCCGUUCAGCGAAUCAGAAUCUCAAGAUAGUUCGCAUCAAGCUAAUACCUCCCGCAGGGUACCGGGCUCUCGAGACUACUCGCCAAGUGACAUGGCUCAAAUAUACCGUCAGCUCCAGCCAACCGGUGAUAGCGACAUGCCUUUCCAUUCCGGUGGGCCCCUUACUACCGCCUAUCCUCAAAAGCCGGUUUCGACACUUGGUGAGGCCGAGCUUGAUCACAAGUUUAAAAUGCACAACGGGGCAAAAUCGAACGCCUCGCAACGUUCUGCCAGUGACAACUCCCAGACCUACUCCCAGUUGGAUCCUACAAGUGUCUCGCGUCACGGUUCCACGGCGGGCUGGUUAUUCGAUGAUCCGCGGUCGACAAGGUCUCCUCUUAGCGUGAACAACAUACCUGGAAGCUCUUAUUUAGGUAUAGCUGCUCAGCCUAAUCAGGGAGCCUAUGGCGGCGGCGGCGUACUGCAUGCGGCAGCGCCUGCGCAGGCGGCAUCAGUUCCUUCAGCUGUACCACUAGUGGCACCAGAAAGUGUUCAAUGGCAGUAUGCAGACUUCAACGGAAAUAUCCAGGGCCCCUUUCCAGGAGAUUCGAUGCAUGUGUGGCAACUUGGUAAUUAUUUUACCGAUGACCUGAUGCUAAAGCGUGUGCGGGAUGUCGAUUUCAUUUCUCUGGGAGAUCUCAAAGCAAGAGUUGGCACGGCAUUUCCUUUCGGCACUAGUCUGCAUCAGGAAAUUUGGGAUCGUGCGUUUGGAGUGUUGAAGCCGUCCGCACCGUCCGCAGGAGCAGUCCAAAACCAGUCGGAAAUGGGCUGGAGCAGUCCUUGGAUGAGUAGGAAUCCCUCAGUACAGGAAGAGCGCCGUUUUAGCUCGAUAUUCUCUGGAUUAAAUCUAGAUGAAAAUGCAUCUUCCCCGGUCUCAGAGCCGGCUGUCGUCGCACCUGUAGCCCAGGCCCCAGUUCCAACACAACCUGAAGUGCCAACGCCUAUUUCAAAGCCUGCUGCCCCUUCAGGGGACCAUCAGAAAUCCAAGCCGAAAAUAAGCGCAGAAGAGAUCUAUGAUGUGACUGCUAGUCCUGAGCUUCCCGCUCAAGAACCUGCACUACCGGAAGAGCCAGAAAUUGCCUGGACACAUCGCCCCAGUGUUCAAAACAUAUCCUUGAAAGAGAUCAAGGAACGGGAAGCUGCUCGCAAAAAGGCUGAGCAGAUCUCAGCCAAGCAGCCACCAGCACCUGCUGACUCGUCCUCUAUAGCGGAGCCACAGAGGCAGUUCUCGGAUCUUGACUCUUUAAAAACAUCUGCUAUACCUUCGGGACCAGCAAUCUUGAAUGGGCAACAUUCGCAGCCUCCUGCCGCUCCGCAAAGUGAUAAUGAAAGUCCGGCUUGGAGUCAUCGUGUCAACACCCCCAAGCUCUCGCUGAAGGAAAUCAAGGAGAGAGAAGCAGAGCGCAAAAAGCAGCUACUGGCAGAAGAGACUAAACGAGCUCAACUAUUGAAAUUGCGGGCUCAAAGUCCGUCAGUCCCUUCUGAGACUCGCCCUCCAGUCGCACGUGCCCCACCGAAGUGGGUAAAUGCGGCCGCACCCCCACCGGCACGGCCUCUUGCCGAAAUUAAGCAGGAACUUGCAGCCAAGUCUGCAAUGAAAAAGCAGCAGCGUGCACUCCCUGCCCCUGUAGCGACCACUGCCCCUGCUAUCUCUUUGGAAGAUGAAGUUGACGGCUGGCAACCGGCGGCUUCCAGUAGCCGCCGCUCUACUUCAGCAAGGACAGUACAAUCACCGCACGUGGGAUCUGCUUCUAGUACGACUACAUUGAGACCAGCUAGCGUUGUUGAUGAGCUCAUCCAGUGGUGUCGAAUCACUUUCAAACAAAGUCUUGUGAAAGAUGUGAACCAUGAGGAGCUCUUGGAACUCUUCCUAUCGAUGCCAGUAAACAGUGAGGCUAAGGAGUUUAUUACUGAAAGUAUUUACACUUAUUCCACCGUCUUGGACGGCCGCCGCUUUGCACAUGACUUUUUGGAACGGCGCAAAAAGGCUGACGCUGAGCUCAAACCGGGCGAAACAUGGAAGGACGUGCUGGCACGCUCCAAUCCUAGCAUAGAGACUGAUCCUACGUUCAAGGUUGUCUCACGCAAGAAAUAUCGGCCUAUCGCUCAUCCUCAAUAA